UUGGAACUGACGUCGGCGAAAAGCGGCUUGUUGCACUUUUCCUCACAGAAUGGAAGUAGCCGUGGAGGUGAAAGGGACUUAACUCGCUUGACUCGCCGGGAUAUCUAGCUUGUUGUUAUAAUCUUUUUUUUUAUUUUUUUUUUUUUUAUUAUUAUUUGUGGGUGCAAGACAUUGAUUAAAACAAAGCAAAUCUUUAAGGGUUGCCCAUCUUAUAGUGACCCCGUAUGGACGAUGAGGAGGAUGAUGUGUUUGAGCCAGAUCCCCCGUGCUGGCGCACAACAUUUAGGGAGAUAAAGAGUGAAGACCGGGGCACACAGACACCUGGUCCUGCCCUGGUAUCAAACAACGGCAUGCUGCCCUGUGGAGUUGCAGAGGAGCCCAGACCACUUUUCUACGGUAACGCAGGUUUUCGAUUGCACUUCCCAGCACACUUUGAGCUUGUUGGGGAUCUUGAAGUGAGACAACAAGCCAGUGAGGACCAGCAAAACGGGAUGGAGCGGCUGCCCUGGCACCAGCCUGUGGCACGCAGCGUGGAGGCUUGCAUUGGACAGAAACUCCAGCUGAUAGGAGACCAGUUUCACCGAGAACACCUUCAACUGUAUCAUCGAAACCAAAGGAACCAGGGGCCGCUGUGGUGGCGCCUGGCCACGGCUCUUUUCAGCCUUCUGUUUGAAAGGGGGCUCUUUGCUGGAGGAGGUGGUGUAGGACGGAGGUGAGGGGGAUCAUCCCCUUAACGUCCUCUUGUCUUCAUCUCUUUGUGGAACUGGACUCCUAAUGGCACUGUCAAUUUUCACACGGGUCUGUUCAGUGGAGUGAAGAAAGGAGACAAAAAUAGUCACCGCGGGACGGAGACAACCAACUUUUAUACAAGUUUGUGUUUUUUCUUUCCGAGAAGAUGCCAUGAUACACCGAGAUUCCUCUAAAGGACACUGUUCAUAUUUUGGCGUACAUGUGGUGCAGUAGUUUUGUACAGUACAUUGUUCAUAGUAAUUUUUUUUUUGCACUUCAAUGUGUACCCAUCUUAAAUGACCUCCACAGACCCUGGGAAUGCCUUAUUCAGUGUCUUCUGCCAGAAGGAGUAUUGACAGUUUUUGACAGGCAAGAUGAGAUGGUUAGCAAAUGAAAGGAAAAUGUGGUGUGACAUUUUUUUUCCUGAAGCCUCCCAGGUGGCCACUCAAGUUGAUUUACUAACUUCCAAAGAGGCAGUUUCUCAGAACAAAGCAUUUUGCACCUCACCUCAAUGGAACAUUACUUUUUUCUUAAGUUGUUGUAUUUUAAAAAUGUUUUAUUCACUUCCUUUUUUCUUUGCCCCACUUUCGUUGCUUUGACAUUGAAUUUGAUCCCUUGAUAUCUUUUAGCAUAUAGGGAACAAGGUAAAGUGUCUGCACAUGAAAAAAGUUGACCCACUGUAAAAGUUUUGUCUAAAAAUCUGCUAAUAUGCACAGAUGUUUGAGGCAGGCCUGCCUUUAGUCGUGUGCUACAUGUCAAACACUUGGGAGUUUUUUAAGUAUUGGGGUGGAGUUUGCAGUUCUGAAUGUCACCGUUUGGUUAAACUAAUCAGGUGACUGCCAUAAAACAUAACAAACAUCAAAAUAGAAGUGGGGGAAACAUAUCAGGCCACACACAGCUGUCUCCUAUUAGAUGUUAAAUUAACAAACUAACGAAGACUAUUGAGCGGUAAUAAACAAUCCAAUAAUGAUUAAUUAACAGUAGGCUUUUUAAUCAAUAGAAAAUGCUUGAGUCUCAUACAACUAAUUAAACAAAUAACUUCGGUUACCAUGAACCAGCUUUAACUGUCUCGCUGUUAUUCUGAGUUGCCAUUUUAUUCUUGCAGCAACAACAGUUGAAUCUGUGCUGUCUUAAUUGUUCAGGGGAACAACUUAUCAUGCAGAGCAGUUGUCAUCUGUCCACUUAAUCUACUGCGAAUGACUUCCAGCAAUGCAGACAGCUAAAUGAUGUCUGAGAUAUAGCACACUGAAGCAUAGGGUGCUGACUUUUACAUGCAUUUAAAUACUAUUGUAGGUCUUUGCACAAUGCACUAAAUGGAAGCAAAGGAAUCAAGCACACUCUUAUAGUCCCCCAAAGUAAUAAAACUUAGGUUUACAAAAAUUAUUCUUUUGCUUAAUUUCACCUGAUUUUCAGUUUUUAUUUUGGCUAUGUCCCAAUGUGUGAUACAAAGUUCCCCUUUGUUUUAGAUAUGUUUUUUUUCAUGUGAUUGUUUUCAGACCUCCAUGCCCUUGAAGUGGAGCUAUGGAUCCACUGUUUUUGCACUAGACUUUCACCCUUCCAGAGUUCAGAUUGCUACCAAGCUCACCUCUUUCUUGUAUGAAGGUUUAAGUUAAGACUUGUUUCCUUGCCACCACAUUUCAGAUGUAUUAACUCACAUGUCCAAGACAAAUAAUCAGUGUUGAGGCCUGGAGUUUUGACUGGAUAUCAGCUCUGGAAAUUUCACUUACCAGUGUUUCAGGCUUAAGUUGUCACAGAGUUGACGCGAUGUGCCUCAACUGAAAGGUUUCCUGGUAUGCUUUUCACCAGCAGAACAGUUCUAAACACCAAACAAUAUAGCGAAACCAAUCUGUGAAACAGAAUCUCCUCCUCUCAGGAUACCUUUGUGAGGUUUUACAUCAUUUAAUAUUCUGCUGAGUGAUCUUAUAUUGUCUUUGGUGUUCAGAUUCAGAUUUGGUUCAUUUUUGCAUGCAUAGCCACCACUGACACAGCAGACAAAUAGUCUGAAAGUAAACAAACUUAAAUAAAAGACUGUAAUUAUUGUUGAAAUACAAAGUUUCUGUUAAGACACUGUUAAAGAUGCUGUUUGUUAUGUUUUUCUUUGCUGAACCCAGGCUAUGCGUUGGACCCAAGGAGCAGUACAAAUCAGGGGUCUGUAAUUACUUGCUCCUUACAAAGUGUCAAGUUUAUCACUGCAUAAUUAAGGGUUUUCUCUCAUUUUCUCUCAAGAUGUCUCAGGGACAGAUUUUGUGGGCUACUGGUAACCUAGAGAUCUGUUACAUGGUUAGGAGAAGACCAGUGUCUUUUUUUUUUUUUUCAUUUCUUUUGAAAUACAUUUCUUCCAGUUUCUCAUCACAUGCAUAAUGGUACAGUUUAACAGGAGGAGCGUGAGGCUGGCUUGAUGGCUGUGGUGGUGACGGGGGGGCUACUGAGUAUGUUGUCAAAGGCGUGUGAGGCGCACUGAAUGUGGUUGUGGUAAUAGUUUCCUGCGGAUCCUGAACGCUGAGCCAGUCCCCGUAGCACCUCGUCUCACCACUGGCUCUUGACUUCCUCGUUGUGCUGCUCUUUCAAUGCAUGUUUUUUUUUCAUCGUUUCUUAUUCUUUGUAAUUUAUUUUUUUCCCCUUUUUAUUUAUUUUUGGUAUAUUUACUCUUUUCUACUGUAUACACUUAUGUGUGCAAUCACUUUGUAUUUUCCUUUGUUUUGGUCUUGUUCAUGACUUCCUUUUUUUUUUUUUUUUUAGCAAAUUGGUGCCUGUCAUUUUUUUUUUAUCAGGAUCACUUAUUACUCAUAGGCUGUAGAAGAACAGCAGUUUGAAUUGAUGCAACAAUUUUUUGUAGUGGUGGCUAUUCUGACUGCUAACUGCACAUUUUACUCAAAUAUUCUGCUUCUGCCACAGCAUAAUUUGUGAUUGUUGGAAUAUAUCGCUGCCAACACGAGUUCAUGAUGACCACAGCUGCUCUUCUCUUUCUUUCAAGCCCACAUGAGUGAAUAUUUGAUUUUUGGAUGGAGUAAUUCACUUAAAAGGCUGUGAUUUUUCCAGGGAAAAGCCUAACUGGCUCUGACCUUUUUGUUAACUUCCACUAUCCGAUUCACCGGGUUCGCAAUAUGAGGUUGUAGAAAUGCAGUAAUUUCAUUGUGGUUUUCGCCUUCCAAUAGGAUUUGAUUUGUCCCUUAUAAUUAAUCUUUCAUCAACCUACUGAACUCCUCUUUAAUGAUACACAUGACAUUGGGAAAAACUGAGAAACGAACCCAAAAAGGCUGCCUUCAUAAUUGCCACAAAUCAAGAGGAUGUUAAUCCGCUUUCAGUUGUUUAAUCGUAAUCAAUGUGUUGUAAUCAACAUGCACUGGAAAGUACUUUGUUUCUGUAAAUCCCAUAGGUCUCUUAUCUAUUGUGUGUUAAUGUAUAGUAUAUACUCUGGAUUGUUCUUUUGGGCUAAUCUUGCCAUGUGUCAGCUGUAUGUCUGUGCAUUGACCAAGAAAGUUCAGGUAUGACGGCCUGUUGAUUUAUUGGAAAGGGAAACAAGCCACCAUGGUGCCCUUCAUAAUUUCUUACUGAGAGAUUCCCAAACUGCACACAUCACAUUGUACAUGAGUGCAGAACGUCCCAAGAGUGGGAUAUGUAUUUUAUGGAAACCGUCAGUGUCUUGAAUUUUGUUGUCCACUUUAUAUAAAAUUGAAGUUGCUUCUUUUUUUUUUUUUUUGGUUUUGAAUUUUAUUUUUUUCUAUGAUACAUUUUUCACUUCCUUGUGGUCUUAACUUUUUAAAUUGUAUUUUCUUAAGAGAGGGUCUGCUUUUGUAAGGACAGCUCAUGCUUGUAAAAUAGUUUUGAAGACGAGUAGGAUCAUUUUUAAAGUCCAUGAGAUCUAGAGCUUUUUUUUUUUUAUUGAACAUGCAACAUUCCUUGCACAUCUUAGACAGAAUCAGGAAAACCUAAAUAAUUCAUGCUUUGGUUAAUUUGGCUUAUGAGCUUGUACCUAUGAGAUAUUUGCCCUUUUUCAGAGAACAGAUUAGGUGUACACAUAUUUCUAAAAAAUAAAUAAAUAAAUCUAGAACCCUUGAACAUGCCUUUAAUUGCUCAGUUUCAAUGAAGUCUUGAUUAUCACACACUCUCUGUAUACCAAGAAAUGAGACCCAGCGAAAAUGUAGCAUUUAUGUAAACAUUGACUGUGUGUUUUCGAGACUCUACUGUGCACUCAUUUUUGUGUUUAUAUAUAUUUUUUGUUUUGUUUAUAUGAUAUGGAAGUAAGACAAUUUGUUAUGUAGUGCAAUAUGCUGUACAUACAGAGCUUUGCUCUACAAAUCUUUUUCUGGAUUUCUUGUUGUUUAUUGGUACUUUUUCUUAAUAAAAAUUUUAUUGAAGGUGA